UCGGAGGUUAUCUUUACAAUUUUCGAAUUGUUUUGUUUAUGUUUAUUUUGAAAUUAAAUAUUUUUCGCAAGAAUUGUAAUUAUGCCAGAUUUUAAAAAUUUAGCUCAUUCUCUUACCGAGAAAGAGCGAACAGAAGAUGUCUUAACCGAAAAUACAAGUUUUGCUUCUUUAAUCUUACCUUCAGAUAUUAUGAAGGGCUUAUCUGCCUCUGGCUUUGAAAAACCCUCUCCUAUACAAGUCAAAGCUAUACCUGUGGGCCGUUGUGGUUUUGAUCUUAUAGUAAAAUCAAAAUCAGGGACAGGCAAAACUCUUAUUUUUACAACAGUAGCCCUAGAGUCCCUUAAAGUAGAGAAAGAGGCUCCGCAAGUAUUAAUACUUGCUCCCACUCGGGAAAUUGCUAUGCAGAUACAAAGUGUUGUUAAGAGCAUUGGAGCAUAUAUUGCAGGACUCCAUGUGGAAACAUUUAUUGGAGGACUCCCUGUAGAAGAGAAAAAAAUCAGUUGCCAUGUUGUAGUGGGAACUCCAGGACGUUUAAAACAGCUAAUUCUAAAUCAUAAUCUCCACCUUGAUGCAAUAAGACUGCUUGUUCUAGAUGAAGCCGAUAAACUCACAGAGGACAGUUUUAUAAAUGACAUUACUGAGAUUUACAAUUUUUUACCUCACAAAAAGCAAGUGAUCAUGUGCAGUGCAACUUAUUCUCAGGAAACUGAAACAGUUUUAGGGAGGUUUAUGCAUAGUCCAGUGCUAGUAUCUGUUGAACUACACAGUCCGUUAUUGCUAGGACUAAAGCAGUUUGUUAAAUUGCUUAAGUCCCCCCCUAAUGUUGUACAACAAACUAAAGCGAAAAAUGAGGCCCUUUUAAAGAUUCUCUCGUCCAUCCCAUUUGUGCAGUGUCUUAUAUUUUCCAACUAUCAGAAUAGGACUGAAAGUAUUCACAAUUUUUUGAAACGCAAUGGCUGGGAUUCAACAUAUAUUUCAGGGGCCCAAAGUCAAACGAAGAGACUAAGUUCCUUAUCAGAUUUAAAGGAAUUUAAAAGUAAAAUUUUGGUAACUACUGACCUCACAGCAAGAGGAAUAGAUGUGCCGAAUAUUGAUUUAGUUAUAAACUAUGACAUUCCUUGUAACGCCCACACAUAUCUCCAUAGAAUGGGUCGUGCAGGACGAUUUGGGUCAGCAGGUUUAUGUAUUAAUUUAGCAUUUAUGGGCUCAGAAGUUAAGUUACUGCAGAAUAUGUUGGGAAUUAUUGGUCGAGACAAUCUAUCUAUGCCAAUUUUAGGAGAAGAUUUUGAUCUAAAAGCUACAGCAGAAUAUUUGUAUGGAGAAAUGGCAGCAGAUGUUAAUAGUUAUUAUAAAGAGAUUAACGAAAUUAGGAAUUCUAUAAGGGAAAGGUGCAAGAAGCCAAAUAAGAAAAAUGAGAAGGACUUAGUUAAUAAUGUCAUUGAAGAAAAGAUAAAAGAUGAUGUUUCCUUAGUUUUAUCUCAGUUGGCGUCUGGUUCUUUUGAUCUGGAAGAAAAUAAACUAGUAGAACCCUCUACAGAAAUAAUGGAAGAUAACCAAAUGAAAGAAAACGUAUUAAGUAAUAUUCUUCAUCAGCUCGCUGAAGAAGGUGAAGUAAGCCCUAAGACGUUGAAAAGUCAAAUUGAAAACUCUAAACAAGAAACCUAUGAAAAAAAUAAGGUACUUUUAAGUGUUGCUAAAGUUCUUAGCGGAGCGGAAGUUACUCAAGAGGACUGUACUCAAUUGUCACAACAUUUCUUAACUGCGGAUUCAGAAGCAUCUCUUAAAAUGGAUGAGCCCGGCACCAUCCCUACUGCGGCAAUCGAAAAUAUCUCAGAAAACUUCUUGUUUUCAGUCUACAAGUCACAAAUAGAUGAAAAUGCUCCAAGAUGGCAAGAUCUGCUCCCGGAAGCCGAAAAACUUAAACUCACAGACACCUAUCAAACAGAAACUACUUUGGAGGAUACUGAAAUAUCAGAAGAAGAGUACUAUGAAGAAGACGACUAUGACUUUGAAGUUGAAAAAGAGAUAGAAGUUAAUGUUGCGCCAGAAGCUGCUGUUGCUCAAUCUAGUGAUAAUGUUGCCCCAGAAACUGUUGUUGACGAAUAUAGUUUUAUGAAAUGGAUUCCGGUUACGCCUCAAAGGCGACCUCGAGAAAAGUCAGAAGAUCAGCAGUUAGCAAUACCUAGUCCUCCAUCAGUACCUCAUAAAAAGCAUAAAAACAGUAGUGACGCUGCUGUAUAUUGCAAUUCUACUGUUACCAGAGUUGAUGAUACUCAGGGACAGUAUCAUAAUAAAUACUACCAAUAUUUUGAGCAUUGUAGUGCUAAUUUGUGGCAAAACGGCUUGUCCUUUAAUAAUGUAGUUAAUUUUGACCAAUGGUUCGCGCAUAGUUGGGAAAGGCAACUGGAUAAUGUUAGGGACUAUGUACAGAAGAAUAUUUAUUUGGAUCAAAUGUCAAAUUUUAAUGGAUAAUGUUUUUGUUUAGUUAUUGUAUUUUAUUUUUUUGUUAUAUUUUUCUCUUGUGAGGAGACAACAAGGAAAAAAUAAAGAAUAGAUGUUAAGUUUA